UGCAAUUUGUAAAUCACUUUUGUUCUUUGUAUGUAAUUUUGCGCUCCACCCAUGUAAAGCAGCAACGUUUAUUUAGUCGACCCCCCAGCGUGGAAGUCGUUCCCAGGCCCGGGGGCUGACUGUGACAGCCCGUCCUCCUCCGGCAGCCAACCUGCUUCCAGACAGUAGUCGGCGUGCUGCUGAGGAGCUAAGCGGUAGCGCUCUCCCUCUCUGAGACCGGGGACACCGAGGCGAAGUGGAGAGCUCAUUCCACGACACGGCGGUCCUCCAUGGCUCUGUGCAACGGAGAGAGCAAGCUGGAGAUCAGCGCAGAGCAGAAUGGGUCAUGCGAGGGGGCAGUGGCGAUCUUGGAUGCCGGGGCCCAGUACGGCAAAGUGAUUGACAGGCGGGUGCGAGAGCUGUGUGUCCGCUCUGAGAUCCUCCCCCUGGAGACCCCAGCCUUUGCUAUUAGAGAACAGGGCUACAGGGCAAUCAUUAUUUCAGGAGGCCCCGCAUCUGUCUAUGCAGAAGAUGCCCCCUGGUUUGACCCUGCCAUUUUCACUAUAGGAAAGCCCGUCCUUGGGAUUUGCUAUGGAAUGCAGAUGAUGAAUAAAGUCUUUGGGGGCACAGUGCACAAAAAGAGUGUAAGGGAAGAUGGAGUGUUUAACAUCGGACUGGAUAACACUUGUUCCCUAUUCAGAGGCCUUCAGAAGGAGGAACUGGUCCUACUGACCCACGGGGACAGUGUGGAUAAAGUGGCUGAAGGCUUUAAAGUGGUGGCUCAGUCAGGAAACAUCAUUGCGGGGAUUGCUAAUGAACAGAAGAAACUGUAUGGGACACAGUUUCACCCUGAGGUCGACCUGACAGAGCGAGGCAUGGAGAUGCUGCGCAACUUUCUCUUUGAGAUCGCCGGAUGCACAAGUAACUUCACUGUACAGAAUCGGCAACAGCACUGCAUCAAUGAAAUCAGAGAAAAAGUCGACAAAUCUAAAGUACUGGUGCUGCUGAGUGGUGGGGUUGACUCCACAGUCUGCACCGCUCUGCUCAACAAAGCGUUGAACCAGGACCAGGUGAUAGCAGUUCACAUCGACAAUGGCUUCAUGAGAAAAAGAGAGAGUCAGAGUGUGGAGGAGGCCCUGACCAAGCUGGGCAUCAAAGUCAAAGUGGUGAACGCUGCUCACACCUUUUACAACGGAACAACAACUCUUCCCAUCUCUGAGGAAGACAGGACGCCACGAAAACGCAUCAGCAAGACCUUGAAUAUGACAACAAACCCAGAAGAGAAAAGGAAAAUUAUUGGAGACACAUUUGUCAAAGUGGCAAAUGAAGUGAUUGGCGAGAUGAAUCUUAAGCCAGAGGAGGUUUUUCUGGCCCAAGGUACUCUGAGGCCCGAUCUCAUUGAGAGCGCUUCUCAUAUUGCCAGUGGCAAAGCAGAAGUCAUCAAAACACACCACAACGAUACUGAACUCAUCCGCAAACUUAGAGAUGAGGGAAAAGUGAUCGAACCACUAAAGGAUUUCCAUAAAGAUGAGGUCAGAGCGCUGGGGAGAGAGCUGGGCCUGCCGGAGGAGAUUGUGUCUCGUCAUCCUUUCCCUGGUCCUGGUUUGUCAAUCAGAGUGAUUUGUGCAGAGGAACCAUAUAUCUGUAAGGAUUUUGCUGAAACAAACAACAUCCUCAAAAUCAUCACAGACUUCUCUGCAAGCGUCAAAAAGCCACAUGCCUUGCUGCAGAGAGUCAAGUCGUGCAUAUCAGACGAGGAGGAGGAGAAACUCAUGCAAAUCACCAGCCUUCAUUCACUCAAUGCCUUCCUGCUGCCCAUCAAAACUGUUGGCGUCCAGGGGGAUUGCCGGUCCUAUAGUUACGUAUGCGGUGUCACAAGUAAAGAGUCUCCACAUUGGGAAUCUCUCAUGUUCCUGGCCAGACUCAUCCCUCGCAUGUGCCAUAGCAUCAACAGGGUCGUCUACGUGUUUGGGUCCCAUGUGAAGGAGCCACCUUCAGACAUUACACCAACCUUUCUGACCACAGGCGUUUUGAGCACGCUCAGACAGGCUGACUUUGUAGCUCACACCAUCCUGAGAGAGUCUGGCUUCUCUGGUAAGAUCAGCCAGAUGCCGGUCAUCCUGACACCCUUGCACUUUGACCGUGACCCAUUGCAAAAGCAGCCGUCCUGCCGGCGUUCCGUGGUGAUACGCACCUUCAUCACCAGCGACUUCAUGACCGGUAUCCCUGCCAUGCCGGGCAACCAUAUCCCAGAGGAGGUAGUGCUGAAGAUGGUGAAUGAGAUCAAGAAGAUCCCUGGAAUCUCCAGAGUCAUGUAUGAUCUGACCUCCAAGCCACCUGCUCGUCUCCCUCGGGGACAGGCAGCGACACCUGUCACACCUCGCCGUCCGCCGCACAGAGAGCUGAUGAGCAUGGAGACCAGAGCGCUUCUGUUGGGUCUGUGCGCGUUCCUCUGCCUCUCCGGCUCGGCUCUGGCCACCACGUGCAAACUGAAGGCCAAGUUCAACCUGAGCGGCUACAAGAACACGGAGAAGAAGAGGGUCAUCAUCGGGGGCAUGUUCCCCGUCCACAGGCACAUCGCUUCCAAUGACGGGAACACCUCGAAGCUGCCCACGUCCUCUGGCUGCGAAGGCUUUAACUUCCGCACCUUCCGCUGGAUGCAGACCAUGCUGUUCGCCAUCAACGAAAUCAACCGGAACAAAUACCUGCUGCCCAACACCGAACUGGGCUACGUCAUCUACGACUCCUGCUUCACCAUCUCCAAGGCCGUGGAGGGCACCCUCACCUACCUGACGGGUCAGGACGAGGCCGUGCCCAACUACCGCUGUGGCGACGGGGCGCCCCAGGCCGGGCUGGUGGGGGCCGGGGGCUCCGACCUGUCCAUCGCCACUGCCAGGAUCCUAGGCCUGUAUCACUUCCCCCAGGUCAGCUAUUGUUCCACGUGCUCCGCCCUGGAAAGCAAGUUCCAGUUCCCCACGUUCCUGAGGACCGUUCCCAAUGACAGACACCAGUCCACCGCCAUGGCCAAGCUGGUGCUGCACUUCGGCUGGACCUGGGUGGGCGCCAUCGCUGCUGACGACGACUACGGCAAGUACGGCAUCAAAGACUUCAAGGACCAGGUGGAGGAGGCCGGCGUCUGUAUCUCCUUCUCGGAGACCCUGCCAAAGGUGGAUUCCCCUCUGGACAUCCAGCGCAUCGUCAAAACGGUGGUGGAGUCCACAGCCAAGAUCAUCGUGGUCUUCUCGUCAGACGUGGACCUGAGUCCCCUCAUCACCGAGCUGCUUCUGCACAACGUCACCAACCGCACCUGGAUCGCCAGCGAGGCCUGGGUCACGUCCGCUGUCAUCAACCGGCCGUCGGUGAGCGCGUUGCUGGGCGGCACCCUCGGCUUCGGGGUGAAGAGGGCCGACAUACCCGGUCUCCGGGAGCACCUGCUCAGCCUGGACCCCUACGCCGACCCGCUCACAGAGGAAUUCUGGGAGACGCUGUUCAACUGCACGUUGAACUAUGGCAGGGCUCUGAGCCAGGCCCGACAGAGCGCUGCUGCUAACGGCAGCCUGUCCAGAGCCGCCAGGUCCGUUCCUGACGGACUGUGUACAGGGAGGGAGUCUGUAGCCAAAAUGAACAACACCUACUCUGACGUCUCCCAGCUGCGGAUCACCUACAGCGUGUACAAAGCCGUGUACGUCGUGGCUCACGCCCUGCACAACCUGGAAUACUGCGAAGAGGGACGGGGUCCGUUCGUGGGGAACAGCUGUGCUAAUAUCAGCAACUUUGAGCCGUGGCAGCUGAUGUACUACGUGAAGAACGUGUAUUACAGGGCGCCGAACACGAAGGAGGAGAUCUUCUUCACGGACGGGGACGUGGAGGGCUUCUAUGACAUCAUCAACUGGCAGGUGGAUAGUGACGGGGGCAUCGCGUACGUCACUGUGGGACACUACAAUGGCUCCGAAGCCCCUGAGGCCCGGAUGACCCUGAAGAAUGACUCCAUCAUAUGGAACAAUCAAGGCUCUCAGCCUCCCCGCUCCGUGUGCAAUGAGAACUGCCAGCCAGGCACCAGGAAGGGGAUCCGGCAGGGAGAGCCCGUCUGCUGCUUCGACUGCAUCCCGUGCGCCGACGGCGAGAUCAGCAACACCACAAACGCCCGUGAAUGCAUCCUGUGCAGCGGCGACUACUGGUCCAACGACGCCCGCGACGCCUGCGUGCCGAAGAUCAUCGAGUUCCUGGCCUUCGGGGAGCCGCUGGGCAUCACGCUCAUCGCCAUCUCCGCCUUCGGAGCGCUGGUCACCAUUGCUGUUGUGGGGGUGUUCGUUGUGCACAUCGGCACCCCUCUAGUGAAGGCCAACGAUGCUCUGCUGAGCUUCACGCUGCUGGUUUCUCUGGUGGUGACCUUCCUCUGCUCCAUCGUCUACCUCGGGGAGCCUCAGAGGUGGAGCUGCAUGACCAGCCAAGUGGCCCUGGCGCUCGGCUUCGCCCUCUGCCUCUCCUCCAUCAUGGGCAAGGCCGUGGUGCUGAUGCUGAGGGCUCAGGCUCUGAAAGCGGCCCGGCUCAAGGCCAAGGCGGCCGCCAAGGCCGCCAAGGCGGCCGCAAGGGCGGCGGCCAGCGGCGGCGGCCCUGACGUUAUCGCCACCAGCACCACCACCGCCGCCGCCAACCAAAGCGCCGGAGCCGGAGCCGGAGCCAAUCCCGACGUGGACAAGCUCACCUUUGGCCACCAGAGGGCGAUAGCUGCCGUGGCAACGUUAAUACAGGCUAUAGCAUGUGCAGUGUGGCUCAUCUUCCUCCCCCCACACCCCAGAAAGAACGCCCAGAACAUAAAGAUCAUCCUGGAGUGUGAUGAAGGCUCUAUCGUCUUCAUCUGCUGCAUCUUCGGCUAUGACAUCCUGCUGGCUCUGAUCGCCUUCAUCUUCGCAUUUAUAGCUCGCAGACUGGAGGACCACUUCAGCGAGGGGAAGUGUAUGACCUUCGCUCUGCUGGUCUUCUUCAUUGUGUGGAUCUCCUUCGUCCCGGCGUACCUCAGCACACGCGGAAAGUUCAUGGUUGCCGUCCAGAUUUUCGCCAUCCUGGCGUCAAGCUUCGGCAUCCUGACCUGCGUCUUCCUGCCCAAGUGCUACGUUCUCUUGGUCAAACCGGAGCGCAACACGGAGGAGAUGAUGAAGCCUCGGCCUAAACCGCGGGAGUCAACUGGCACCUCGGUGUCAUUCUCCACAGCCGUCACUGAGGCCACGACUGCUAUAGAUGAUUAGUAACGUGACGGUAGCUGCGACAACAGAGCCGCUAAAACAAAUCAAUAAGCACAAUCCACGAGUAGAGAAAAUGGCUACCUCACAAAUGUAUAAGGAGAAAAAUCUGAAACUAACUAUUUUAGGAAAUAAAAUUAUUCUAAUAAUUACUAUUAGUAUUUCAAUAAUCCUUAAAUACAUGAACAUUAUAAAAGCACAUUAGAAACUAAUAAAGUACAACAUAACUUUGACCAGCUUUACUGUGAUGUCUGUUAAGAAAUGCUAAACAGCAAAUCAAUUGAAAUACAAAUACAUUCACUUAAUAAAUAACAUUAAUUUAGUUAUGAUACAUAUACAUAAAUAUAUCAUAAAUGCAGCUUUCAUCUUUCCUAACAUAGCAGCUAAU